AUGAUUCAACGACUCGUUUUACUUCUUUCGUCACUGCUGCCUUUCUGCUACGGGUUAUCUUGCUAUCACUGUGGAGUAUUUCUGAGUGCUCCAUCACCAGAAUGCCGUGGUGCACCGAAAAAUAUCUCCUGUGAUCCAGAUCAUUACGGAUGCCUAAAGAUCGUUGGAGACCGAAGUGUAUGUAUUUCAUAA